GUCAUAUAGCCAUCAGUUCCUCUUGUUGCGUUUCACUGUCUUUGAUGCGUCACCCGACUGUUGCGGGUCCGAACCCAGCAGCAGCUCUGGCACCCUCCAGAGGAAUCCAGAAUCCCGGCCGCUGAUUGGCUGCCACUCGGCCUCAGGAUGGGCCGGACCUGUUGGAUAAAAGGACGGUUUUGUAAAAAGGAGUUCGGUCCCGUCACACAGACCGGAUCAUGCGUCCGUGACCGUCGCUGUAGCAGAACCCCGACGGCUGAGAUGAUGAUGGCGGGGAAACCGGGCUCGGUUCCGCCCGCGCCUUUGGCGCGAACAUCUGGAUCUGGCGGGAAUAUCAACCACCCGAAGAGCGGCACCACCCACCCGCCGCAGCAGCGGAGCACCGGCUUCGGCAUCCAGGAGAUUCUCGGGCUGAACAAGGAGCCGGCGGCCCCGCGCAGUCCGCUGCGCUCCCUCCCGCCUGGAGCGCACCUGAUCGCGGCCCGCUCCGUGCUGGGCCCCGCCGGCGUCAGCGUCGGGAUGGGACUGAUCGGACCUGGAGGGAUCCCGGCCUUCUACAGCCAACCCGCCUUCCUGGAGAGCGUGUUGUCGGAGAGCCACGACGUCCAGAACCGCAGCCGCGUUCCGACCGGGCCGCAGGAGCGAAGCUUGCAGUCCGCCAGCUCAGAUUCGGAGGAUUUGUCGUCAAACGAGCGGAAACUCUCGAAGAACCCCGUCAGUCAGAGCAAGAAGCGCAAGAAACGGCGCCACAGGACCAUCUUCACCUCCUACCAGCUGGAGGAGUUGGAGAAGGCCUUCAACGAAGCCCACUACCCGGAUGUGUACGCGCGAGAGAUGCUGGCCAUGAAGACGGAGCUGCCCGAGGACCGAAUCCAGGUUUGGUUUCAGAACCGCCGGGCGAAGUGGAGGAAGCGGGAGAAAUGCUGGGGUCGAAGCACGGUGAUGGCCGAGUACGGACUCUACGGCGCCAUGGUGAGGCAUUCCAUCCCGCUGCCCGAGUCCAUCCUCAAGUCGGCAAAGGAUGGCGUCAUGGACUCGUGCGCCCCCUGGCUGCUCGUUCAAGAUGGCUUACCAAACCACAGACGCAAUUCUAAAUCUGAAUACCUGCAACUCUUUGCAGGGAUGCACAAAAAGUCCAUGGAGACCGUCGUCUCUCCGCCCAAAGCAUCAAAGUGCGACGAGCCCCUGCAGCUGACCUCCAAGAGCAGCGACACCCCGGAGGCCGAGGAACCGGAGUCAGCCAUUUCUAAAGAGGAACUGAGGGAGAACAGCAUUGCGGCGCUCAGAGCCAAAGCACAGGAGCACAGUGCCAAAGUGCUGGGGACGGUUCCCCACGACAGGCCAGUGGAGGAGAGACAGGAGGACAAAUCCAGCGCCCCCUUGAGUCCAGCAGAGGAGGCGGACUCUGUGUAGGGUCGCAGGAGACCCAUCUGACUGUUCAGACCCCAGAACUCCUGUGGUCAGUGGAGCGGCUCUGGACUCACCCACGGAAGAUAAUGCACUUUGUUACCGACUCUGGGUUGGAAUUCAAACCCCACGUGAUCAGCUCGCGAUCGGCUCAUCCGGAAGUAGUGCUGCUCUCAUGAGGCUUCAUGAAACAGUAGUGAUGCUCUCAUGAGACUUCAUUCCACUAGAUGGCGCCCUCUGCUGUAAAUGUGUUGGUUUUGAACAACUGUUCCGCCUCACAUCAUUGAAAAAAAUGUGGGCGCUGUUCCAUGAAGCCUCAUCAUGCAUCGCUAUUAAAAGAGUUGACUGUUGUUAUGAGGUCUUGGCUGAGGGGGGCGACAAAGCAAACGUCAUCACGCCGAUCACUUUAAGAACCAAUUGUAUUUUUCAGGUUUAUUUUGAAAUCAACCUUUAUUUUGAAACCUGGAGACUGAAAAUCAGAAAAAAAACUACGGACAUUCUCAUUUAUCAAGGGUCGUGCAUUGAUCCGCUUGAUGUCUGAUCACAUUGUCCUGCUCUCAAGGCGAGUUGUACAUAGUUGGACCGGGUUUACGACUGCUGUUGACACUGUAGCGACCGAGGAGGUGAAGCUGACUGACCGCCACAGCGGCCCAUGUUGCACUGUAUAUGAUGAUAACUAAAGGUUGGUCUUUUAACAUGUUUGUGUUUCAGUUUAAUAUAUUCUUGUGUGUUUCACCAAGCAAAACAAUAGAAAUCACUUUUAAUUAAACAUGACU